GACGCAUGGGUCUGCUGCACAAACCACUGGUGGUUAUCGUGUCACCCCUUUUAGCACUUAUGGACGACCAGGUACAAGAGGCCGAAAAACUGGGUCUUACAGCUGCGCAACUUGGCAAAAGCGACUCGGAGGAGAUCCGAAGCGGGCGGUACCAGUUGGUGUUCGGGAGUCCGGAGUCCUGGCUUAACAAGGAAUGGCGAUGCUUGCUAGCCAGCAAAGUCUACCAAGACAACCUGUUGGGCCUUGUCGUGGAUGAAGUUCAUCUCACAUACAAAUGGGGAAAGGCUGCUAGAGGAGAGAAGGCCUUCAGAGAGAGUUUUGCCAGACUGGCCGAGCUACGGUCCAUUGUAAAACCAGGUGAGUAGGCUAUGAAAUGUUGUGACCCAUGACCAUUAUGAUCUCAGUCUGAAGAAAAGUUAUUUUACACUGUUCUCACUGCUG